UUCUUUUGGAAUACCCUGCGCGCUCAGGGUCACGAUACUUCUAGGCCAAAAUCAAUAGUACAUGUAUACACGGCGAUCGGAGAGGUAGUGGUAGUAGCACCGCCGACUGCCGUUGUCAGGAUUUAGUCAACCCGAUGCACCACGAGAACACGGUUCGCCGUAACACGCGCGUGUUGUACCACAGCCAGCGUGCAUCCGUGCGGUGCUUGUUCAUGGCUUCUUCGAGGAGUGAGGACGUUAUCAAUAACAUGCCAGCACUUCACUUGACGUUGACUGAUUUAUUGACGAGAAACUGAAGAGACAUUGAGAUUCACGCCGUAUUUGGCGAAUCAGCAGUUCGUAAUUUACAUAUCUGCGUUCGCGUCCGAAAUAAAAUAAAAAGGACACUGUCCGGCGGAAACUGUCCUCAGUUCGGUGAACAUACAACGGACACAGAAGCAACUCCGAGCAACGAAGGACUCCGAUUUUCCGUCGCUUCGCACAUGUGUGUCGCGCAGGGAGAAGAAACUAAGCUACGAUGCACUCUCGAUGCACAAAUAGAGUGAUUACAUAUGACUGCGCAAAAUUACAUAACAACCGCGAUGCGAACGUAUCGAAUUCCUUAAUCACAUGAAAUACACUUCGUUUCUAAUGUUGCGCUAUAUCGUGAGACAAGUGUGUCCUCUUGGUAAAUCAAUUUGGCAUCCGAUUGCGAUUGUCGGCCCGUAAAAUCGCGUAAAAUCAUUUCACCGCCGAGUGACAUUUCCUCGAAUAUCCUCGAAUAUGAAGAACACGUUAAAAAUAGCUUUUCCCGUUGUGCAACUGUUGCGGGAAAGGGAAAACGCGGUGAGCGUAAGAAUAAUGCCUCGUUAUAUCUUUGACAGUCGCGAUAACGCAGCCACAACGCCGCUGACACGCUCGUGACGUAAACGAGUGCACGAGUGAUUCCGUAAAGUGUGCUCUGCCGAUCGUCGAAUUUGCGAUUUUUUAAACGGGCGAUUUUCUAAACAAACGAUAGCCCCGAAUAAAUUGCGACAGUGACCACCGGUACAACCACCUUUCUAGUUGAUAAUGAGUUCUAGUUGUAGAUGAUUGAUACAACAAAACAAGAUGCUUUCUACUUGACGAGCACGUGCGUUGGACAUACUCGGGACACACUCGUUACUUUAGGGGUGUUACUUUAACGUUCCAGUAUUUUUUACAAAAUUGUUCUUUGGCGAUAAUGGCAACGGGGGAAGAUUGCCCGUCGAAAGAUUGGAAUAUCGCCAGGACCGGCAUCUCCCUGUUAUUGAAUAACAAAACCGAAGAGGCCGAGGCUCUAUUUACCGGUCAUCCUCAUAGCUUCCACGUCAAAGCCGGCCGUUGCUUUGUUCUCUUCAUGAAUGCCCUGAUGACUUACGAACAUGACAAGCUUCAACAAGCCAUGUUAUUACUCAAAGAGAUGGAGCGAGAGUGUGCAGGCGAUAUCGGGUGGCUCAAGUCCGUGAAAAGUAAAGUGUUCAAGGCGGAAGAGACUGGCAAGGACUAUGUGAACAAGCUGGAGCGUCAAAUCGUUCUAGCGGACUCGCAAGUGUGCUCAGCGAUAUUAACGCUCCUACAGCAAGAAUUGACCGGAUAUGUGCGCGGUGGCUGGAUGCUUCGCAAGGCUUGGCGAGUUUAUCAGCACGCGUACACGCAGAUUUCACAAUUAUAUCAUCGCACCUUCGGCACCAAUCCGACCGGACUCAGCCCGUGUUGUGGUACUCCCAUGAGCAACGGAUCCUCCCUGCAGAGCCCGCAAAGCCCGGGAUCCUCGGAAUGGUCGAUACCCUCCUGCAACGGUUACGCAAACAACGUGACACCUGUUUCGUCCCCAUCAGGUCUGCGAAGCUCUCUAUCAAUGUUCUUCUCGCUCACUGGCAUCACGUCCGAACAACAGACACCCUUCGUGGAACCAACGGAGGUGUCUCGUCUGAUGUCGGCCGUGAGUUUCGGUUAUGGAAUAUACCAAUUAUGUGUGAGCCUCCUACCGCCUUCUCUAUUGAAGGUAAUUCACUUCUUGGGCUUCGAAGGUGACAGGCAGGCUGGUCUCACCGCACUCAUGUACGCACGGCUCAGCGAAGAUAUGCGCGCACCGCUCGCCACAUUAUCUCUACUCUGGUAUCACACGAUUGUACGACCAUUCUUCGCACUCGACGGGUCCAAUGUGAAAGCGGGCGUCGCGGUGGCGAAACAGCUGAUUGCCGAGUGUCACACCGAAUUUCACGAUUCUGCCCUCUUUCUCUUCUUCGCCGGAAGAGUAGAACGUCUGGAGUCAAACGUGAACGGAGCCCUCGAGGCUUACGGUAAAGCUGUCGAAGCUUCGACUCAGCGAGAGAUCAGAUUGCUGUGCUUGCAUGAGGUAGCUUGGUGCCACUUGAUACGUUUGAGUUACGAGGAGGCGUAUCGAUCCCUGCUGCAGCUGCAGCAUCAGUCCAGGUGGUCGAAGAGCUUCUACGCGUACUUAGCCAUGGUUUGUUGCGGCGCGAACGGCAAAUUCGACGUUCUCCUAACCAGCUACGAUAAGAUCCUCCAUUGGUUUCACGAGAUGAAUAGAGAGACGCAGCUCGGUGCUUUCAUCCUACAUAGAGUGCCGAAACUCAUCAACAAGGACACCGGAAGUCCUUACACGAUCCUGUAUUACAGAUUGCUCGUGUACGAAAUGCUAUAUUUGUGGAAUGCUAUGCCGUCCUGUUCCGUCGAGUCCCUCCGAGGAAUAUUGUUGGAAUGUAAAGGAAGUCGAGCCGAGGAACCAAUGGUAGGAUUAGCCGACCUUGUGGAGGGUGCAGCGUGUUCUUAUUUGGGAGAUACCGAGGCGGCGAUUAAGUGUUACCGAAAUUGUUUGAAACGACGGUAUCCGUCCAAGGACGAAUACGACCAACACGUGAGCGCGUUUGCUCUUUAUGAACUGGGUAGCAGUCUUUGUAACAAUAACAAUUCCGACGAAGGCAGAGGUUUUCUAAUGAAAGCGCAAUCUCAGUACAGAGAUUACGACUUUGAGAGUCGACUCAACGUGCGUAUACAUUCCGCCUUGAAGAACGUACAGUGAAUGUACAGUCAAUACGAAAAUUCGAUAUUACAUUGUUAUGUAAAAUAAUUUCGACAUUAAGAACAAAAGGAAGUAACGUAUUCGCGUACCACGGAUAUGAUAGUAACAUUUUAUAUAUAUACAUAUAUAUAUUACUUUGUGUAAAAUCGAUUUCGAUUAAUGAACAAUAAACGGAUCAACAGAAUAUAUGAAGCCACGUAUCACGUUGAUCCAUAUUCGGAUCUAGAAUACGAUUUCGCAAUAAUUUUCAGUUGUAUAACACUUUGAUAACUACAAACUUCUUAAGAUACCACGCAAGCUUGAUUUUUCACAAAUUAUGAUAAAUUAUAUUGCAAACAAUAUACAUAUGGUCAACUACUAUAAUUUUAUUUACAAAAAUAAUAAAAACGUAUAUGCUGCGCUCUCCAGUAGAA